AAUUUGUUAAAAAUAAAGCAAACAUAUUUGAGAUAUGUAGUAACCAAUACUGGGGACAUAGUGGAGUUAUCACGCUAUCUCUUUUUCACGUACCCAGUAUUAUGGCCGGUUAGCCUCGCAAUGUACAUAAUAUUAUUAGCUGCAUUGUGCGCGCAUGCGGUGCACGCUGACGAAAACUACAGACUUAACACACCGGUAGUACCAUCAGCUUAUGAGAUUACCAUUACCCCAUACUUUGACACUGGCGAUGACAAUGCUUUCACAUUUGACGGAGAAGUAGCUAUUACUUUGAAAACUACAGCACCAACAAGAGUAAUAAAAUUACAUUCAGAAGAUUUAAUAUACUCUGCAGAUAAUGUAACUGUAUCAAGAAACGGUGUGCAGUUACCAUUGGAUCAAACAAAUCCUUUAAAUUUUAACACAAACUACACAUUCGCUUUCAUAAAUCUGCAAAACGAAUUAGAGGCGAAUGACAAUUACAUUUUACGCAUCUUGUAUAGAGGUCCUAUACGGUCGGACCUUAAUGGAUUCUACAGGAAUGAUUACAUUGAAAAUGGAGUCAAAAAAUGGCUUGGCGCUACCCAAAUGGAACCGACACAUGCAAGAAAAGCUUUCCCUUGUUUCGACGAACCGGGUCUUAAGGCUGUCUUUACAUUGAACAUCGAUCGCCCCCAACAUUAUGAGCCUUCUUUGACCAACACGAAGAUUCAGAAUACAACUAAUAUGUCUAAUGGCUACGUCAGAGAAAGAUUCUAUCCAACGCCCAUUAUGUCAACAUAUCUUGUAGCCUUCAUGGUGUCGGAGUUCAAAGCAGCCCGCGCUAACAGCGACAAGAGUUUCGGAAUCUAUACCAGACCAGAAGCAGUUAACCAAAGCCAAUAUGCUUACGAUUUUGGCAUUAAAGUUGUGGAUGCCUUAAGUAAUUACUUUGGAAUUGGUUAUUAUUCUACAAAUAGCAAUCUCAAGUUGGAUCACGUUGCAUUGCCUGACUUUAGGGCUGGCGCUAUGGAGAACUGGGGCUUGGUUAAAUAUAGGGAAGCCUUGAUUUUAUACAACGAAGGAGAAUCUACGCCUUAUUACAAGUACAGAGUGGCACAAAUUAUCGCGCACGAGACGACGCACAUGUGGUUUGGAAACCUUGUAACUUGCCACUGGUGGAGCAACACCUGGCUUAAUGAGGGCUUCGCUAAUUACUUCCAGGACUAUAUUACAAUUUAUGUAGAUCCCGACGUAGCAUCAGACAAUCAACUUGUAAUAGGAUCAGUAUAUUCUGCAUAUGACGCGGACAGCUCUCCAAACUCGGCUCCGAUCACGAACGUCAAUGUGAAUUCUCCAGCAGAGAUCAGCGGCCAUUUUGGCACAAUCACUUACCAAAAGGCUGGAUCUGUUAUUAGAAUGAUGCAUCAUCUUAUGGGUGAUGACGCUUUUAAGCGUGGAUUGAACGUUUAUUUAAACAACAACCGAUUCGGUUCCGGAUAUCCGAGAUUAAUGUACUCGGCACUUGAAGAAGGUGUUGCUCAUGCUAACCAGGCAAUGUCUGCUUACCCAAACCUCAAUGUCACUGAUAUAAUGGCGUCGUGGAUAUCACAACCUGGUCAUCCUCUACUCACAGUCAAUAUCAAUUAUAACACCAGAGUUGCCUCUUUGCAUCAGAAACGUUACUACGCUAACUCAUCGAUCUCAUCUGAGGAGGUUUACAUGAUACCAAUAAGUUAUACGACAGAAAAUUCUGCUAACUUUAAUGAUACAAAGCCUGCUUUCAUCAUGAGCGGUAGAACACAUGAAGUCAAUAUUGAAAAUCUGAUUGAUUCAAAUUGGGUUAUAUUUAACGUUCAAGAAACAGGACUUUACAGAGUCAACUACGAUGACCACUCCUGGCAAAUAAUAACUGAAGCUCUCAAAAGUUCUAGAAGAGAAAGUAUCCACUAUCUGAAUCGUGCUAAGAUUGUAAAUGAUCUUUUCGCCUUAUUCUAUGCGGAUGAGGUAGAAUUCAUACGUUUGAACCAGACGCUUCAAUUUUUGAAAAAUGAAGAUAGUUAUUCAGUUUGGUACGCUGCUAUCCGUGGCUUUAAUCGGCUGAGGAACAGUUUCUUGGGAGACAGCUUGUUGAAAUACAUUGACAGAACUGCCCUAGGACUGGUAGAAAAUAUUAUAAACAAAUUGGGAUAUGAAGAAAGAGCGUCCGACGACUUUGAAACUUUAAGAAAUCGCAUGCAAAUACUGGAAUUUGCCUGCAAGAUCGGUCACCAAGGAUGUAUUGACAAUACCGUUGCACUAUUUAGAAAUUUCAAAAACAACGGUGUGAGUAUAUCACCAAGCUUGCGCCCGGUAGCGUAUUGCAGUGGAUUGCGUUUUGGAAAUGGUUUAGACUACGAAUUUUUGUGGAGAAGGAUGUCGACUACCAACAUAGCCAACGAAGCCAGGUUAAUUGGAGAAGCUCUUGGGUGUUCCACUGACGAGCCUAGCCUGCGAAAAUAUUUACUCUCAAUGAGGGAAGAAAAUAGCCCGAUCAAAAUACAGGACCUAACUGUGCCGUUAACCGGCGUACUUUCAAACUACAGUCACUUGCACAUAGUCAUGGAUGAAUUGCAACAUAACUACACUCUUUGGAGCACCAUAUACCCUUCGAUGGACUCUAUAGUGUCCACAGUUGCAUCUGCCUUGCAUACGUCCUACGAUUUCAUCGACUUUGCAGACUGGCUGCAAUCGUGCCAGGAGUGCAGUAAUCAGACCAAGAUGGCGGGCAUGAAUGCCAUGGCGCAGGCGCAGGCGGCUCGCUCUUGGGCAAGCGAACACAGACAGAUGAUCCUGGACGUCUUGAAAAGUUUCUCGACGACGCUAGCUCCAUCUUUGAUGAUGAUUGUCACCGGGGUCGCGGUGUACUUAAACAGACUAUUGAUGUAAGGUCUGCUGCGGAAAAUGUUGAUGGUAUUUGAAUUGCGAAAGACACUAUGACCGGAAAUAUUAAGUUAUAGGAAAAAUGUAUUAGAUUUUUCAGACAUUUUGAUUUGUUUUUUGUUUAGCACAGCAACGUGAUUGUAACUGAACAGUGUAGUUCAAAUACCUUUAUACCAGUCAAGAGAAUUAUGCCGGCCUUCCUUGUGACGGUGUAGUUUAAAUUCAUUUUGUUACAUUGAUAAACCUAAAUGAUUUCUUAUUUACGAAUUCAUAAAAAAAUAAUUGCAUAGAUUUUUUUAUAGUUAUUAAUUAUUUUUAUGACUAUCGAAUAAGCAGAAAGAGACACCUGAAAAACAAAUGUAUAUUUUAUAUAUUGUAUUAUAGGUUUAAGAAAAUGGAAGAGAUGUCACUCCACUAUUAAUUAGCCUAUUUUAUUUUUAAGUAUUUUAAAGUGCUAAGCCAGAUGCCAAUGAUAUCUAUAAAGUUACUUAGACUUUGCAAGUAAAAAAGGUUUUAAUACUUAGCCUUACUUAACCAUAAAUCAAAAUAAUUUCAAAAGUUGCUUUAUACGUCAUCAUCAUUAACAUCAUCAGCCGCAGGAUGUCCACUGCUGAACAUGGGCCUCCCCGAAAAAUUUUCAGAUCGCCCUAUAGGAAGCGGCCCGAAUCCUAUUUAUACAUCACAUUGGUUAUAAUUAUAUAGGGUAAUCUUGACAUUGCUAUACUAAUAAACAUAUAUUCGGCUUUACCUCUGCUAA